AUGCCGCCGGCAUCAUCGCCUGCGCCCAGCGUUGCGCCUCAAUGUGCCCCCCAGAGAGCGAGGAGAAAGUACAGGUGGAAGAUGGUGUUCGGCCUGGUCUGGCCUUAUGCACUCCAGGCGCUCGAUGCCACCAUCAUCGCAAGCGCGUUGCCCUGGAUUGCCAGCGACUUUGACAAGGUUUCGCAGCAAAAUUGGAUCGUCUCUGCCUUCAACCUCACCUCGGCUGCCUUCAUCCCUUUCUGGGCCCAGAUGGCCGACAUCUUUGGUCGAUAUGCCGCCAUCGUCGCUGCCGUCUUGCUCAUGCUCGUUGGCAGCACCAUAUGCACUGCUGCGCCGACAAACGUGUAUGGGCUUUUGCUCCUGGGACGCGCAUUCCAGGGCGUGGCUUCCGCGGGACUCAACGUUGUCGUCCGCACCAUCCUCGCCGACCGUGUGACGCUGCAGGAAAACGCAAAGAACUGGGCCAUAUUUGCCCUUGUCGGAGGCGUGUCCUACGCCGUGGGUCCCGUCAUCGGUGGCUACCUUACAAAAGCCAACUGGCGUUGGUGUUUUGCUAUCAACUUACCCCCCGUCCCCGAGCUCGAUGAAACAGCCGAGACGGGGCAAGUUACCAAGAUUGCCGCGCGUCUCAAAACCGUCGAUGUGGGAGGGCAAGCUUUGUUCCUCAUGGGCCUGGGCCUCCUCAUCUUGGCCCUGACGUGGGGCGGCGUGACGUACCCGUGGAAGUCUGCCGCCGUUAUCUCUUCGCUACUCAUCGGGUGCUUGCUCGUGGCAGGUUUCUUCGUCUGGGAGCGGAUGCUUGCCCCGGGUCGGGUCUUGUCCAAGAAGAUGACGCGCCAACGGCCCAUGAUCCCGUGGGCUCUCCUUACCAGCCGUGACAUUGGAUUGAUCUUUUAUACGGAAUGUGCCACAGGCAUAGCGACGUUUGCCGUGCUUUACUUUUGUAAUGUCUAUUUCAUUGCCGUCAAGGGGAACAGCUCGGACAAAGCAGGCCUUCAGAUUCUUUUCUUUACGCCAGGCAUGGGAAUUGGUGUUUAUCUGAGUGCCUUGAUGUGUAAUCGCUGGCCGAGAAUGACAUUCCCUCCGCUCUUCCUCGGCACAAUGAUCGAAGCCAUAGGCAUAGGGGUCCUCACUUGGGCCCUGUUCAAGGAACAAUUGCCGCCCAUCUUUGGCAUGAUGGCAAUGGUUGGUGCUGGCAUGGGUCUCCGAUUCAUGGUGGCUCCGUUGCACGGCAUUGGCAUGUUCAAGGCACAUCGAGCUUCCAUCAUCGGGUUGAUGGCCGUUGCCAUUCCACUUGGAGGGACUAUUGGCUUGACGAUUAUGUCUUCCAUCUUCAAUAACAUUUCAGAACUCGAUGCGAAAGACGGCGACUUCUCAAGGCUGCGGGAUCAGCCGGUUGGCACCAGGGAACAGGCCAUUUACAAGGCCAAGAUGGGUGUCGUGUGGGCUUUCGUUGCCAUUACCCCCUUGAUGGUUAUGUCGUGGAUCUCAUGUUUCUUCCUCGGCAACGUCAAACUCGCCGACGAAGACGGCGACGGCCUAGGUGCUGUCUAUGAGAAAACCCACCUCUGGAGCCGGUGGAAAGAUACCAAGGAUACAGAGGAGGAUCAAAGACUGGAGAGCUCGCACGGCAGAAUUGAGGCCAAGCCAAGGCCCACCGCGGUGUAA